UUUUGGAUGUAUUUUGUUUUCCUGUCAGUUUCCUGUGAAUAUGCGAGUUGGGGAAGAUUCAAAAAAGACACUGCUAAUUUGAGUCAAAGUAGUAGGGAGAUCCUUUUCCUCUUUCUUCCCGGUUUGAUCGAAAAGGAAAAAAAAAUAAUAUGACAAGGGGAAGAGCUGAUGCGAAUCCAAAGAAACGGCUAAUCACUUGGAUAGUAGUUUUGGUUGUCUGUUGUGGUUGCUUCUAUGCAUACACCCGAAACAACAGUUCAUCUGCACUAGAGUAUGGAAGUAAAUCUUUGAGGAAAUUUGGUUCUUCUUACUGGCAUGGGGAUGACGAUACUGUUGAUCCUUCUGCUAAACUCGAUGAAGAUGGAGAUGAUGGUGUCAUGCUGAGGAGUUUCCCUGUUUGUGAUGAUCGACAUUCCGAGCUUAUUCCUUGCCUAGACAGGAAUUUUAUAUACCAGACAAGAUUGAAGCUGGAUUUAUCUGUGAUGGAACACUACGAAAGACAUUGCCCACAGCCCGAAAGACGCUACAAUUGUUUGAUUCCUCCUCCACCUGGAUACAAGAUACCUAUCAAGUGGCCCAAAAGCAGGGAUGAGGUAUGGAAAGCAAAUAUACCACAUACCCACCUUGCAACGGAAAAAUCUGACCAGAAUUGGAUGGUUGUCAAGGGUGACAAGAUUUCAUUUCCUGGAGGUGGAACUCACUUCCAUUAUGGGGCAGACAAGUAUAUUGCUUCGAUGGCAAAUAUGCUGAACUUUCCAGACAACAUUUUAAACAAUGAGGGAAAUAUUCGAACUGUUUUUGAUGUGGGUUGUGGAGUUGCUAGUUUUGGAGGAUAUCUUCUUUCGUCUGGUAUCAUUGCAAUGUCUUUAGCACCAAAUGAUGUUCAUCAAAACCAGAUCCAGUUUGCCCUGGAGAGAGGAAUUCCUGCAUAUCUCGGUGUUUUAGGGACAAAGAGACUUCCUUACCCAAGUAGAUCUUUUGAACUUGCACAUUGUUCACGUUGUAGGAUUGAUUGGCUUCAAAGGAAUGGAAUCCUUCUUCUUGAGCUAGACCGGGUACUCAGGCCAGGAGGUUAUUUUGCCUAUUCAUCUCCUGAAGCAUACGCCCAGGAUGAAGAAGAUUUGAGAAUUUGGAGAGCAAUGAGUGCCCUUGUGGAACGAAUGUGUUGGAAGAUAGCUGCUAAAAGGAAUCAAACUGUUAUUUGGGUCAAACCCCUGACAAAUGACUGUUUCAUGCAAAGAGAGCCUGGUACUCAUCCUCCCAUGUGCAAAUCUGAUGAUGAUCCAGAUGCAGUUUGGGGUGUUCCAAUGGAAGCUUGUAUCACUCCUUACUCCAGUAAAAUUCAGAAAGCAAGAGGGAGUGGGUUGGCUCCUUGGCCUGCUCGUUUGACUACUCCACCUCCCCGUCUUGCUGAUUUGGGCUACUCUGAUGAAAUGUUUGUAAAGGACACGGAUCUUUGGCAGCGAAGAGUUGAAAACUAUUGGAAUCUUUUGGGUCCACAUGUUGAGUCUGAUACAGUGAGAAAUUUAAUGGACGUGAAGGCAAACAUGGGUUCAUUUGCAGCUGCUCUGAAUGACAAAGAUGUUUGGGUGAUGAAUGUGGUGCCAGAAGAUGGACCUAACACUCUGAAGAUAAUAUAUGACAGAGGCCUGAUAGGAACCGUGCAUAACUGGUGUGAAAGCUUCUCAACUUAUCCAAGAACUUAUGAUCUCCUUCAUGCUUGGACUGUCUUCUCUGAUAUUGAAAAGAAAGACUGUAGCAUUGUGGAUUUAUUAAUAGAAAUGGACCGCAUCUUGAGGCCUAAGGGUUUCAUCAUUGUUAAUGAUAAGCGACCAACAGUGGAGUUGAUAAAGAAAUAUUUAGGAGCAUUACACUGGGAAUCAGUGGCAACAGCAGACUCUCAGCUGGACUCAGAGCAAGAUGAGGACGUAGUGCUCAUAAUUCAAAAGAAAAUGUGGCUUACAAGUGAAAGCCUUAAGGAUUCGGAGUAAGAGAGCAAAGUUCCAAUUCAAGAAAUGCCUUUGACUUCAUAAGGUCCCAUCAUUGGAGGGUGGGCACAAACAAUGCCCAUUUCUGCAAUUUUUGUAGCCUUGUCUUCUUUUAUAUCUCUUCCAUCUUCAGUGUAGAACAUAGAAGACAGCUUAUCCAGAAUAUUGGUCCUAUUCCUCUCUUUUUUUAACCCAUUUAUAUUGGAUAAAUUUAUAGAUUGUGUAAGAUAAUUAUUCUUUCAUCAAUUAAUUUCCUUGAAUAAUAAAUGUAAGAUUACGCACUGUUGAAGAGUUCCCUUA